AUACAUACUCUCUUCUCUCUCUCUCUCAAAAAAACCAUGGCGACCGAUUUCACCUGCACGGCCUCCGACCUCGUUCCUUUCCUCGGAGGAGCAGCAAACGCCACCGCAGCCGCCAACUUCCUCUGCACACGAUUCGACUCAAUCUCCACGCGCCUCUCCGACACCACCCACGCCAUCGACAGCACCUACCUCCUCUUCUCAGCUUAUCUAGUCUUCGCCAUGCAACUCGGCUUCGCCAUGCUCUGCGCCGGCUCAGUCCGAGCCAAAAACACCAUGAACAUAAUGCUCACCAACGUCCUCGACGCCGCCGCCGGCGGCCUCUCCUACUACCUAUUCGGCUUCGCCUUCGCCUUCGGCUCCCCUUCCAACGGCUUCAUCGGCCGCCACUUCUUCGGCUUGGACGAAAUUCCCUCCCCCUUAUUCGACUACAGCUUCUUUUUAUACCAGUGGGCGUUCGCGAUCGCCGCCGCCGGUAUCACCAGCGGCUCAAUCGCCGAGAGAACGCAAUUCGUCGCUUACUUGAUAUAUUCAUCUUUUCUAACCGGAUUCGUUUACCCUGUUGUUUCUCACUGGAUCUGGUCCGGUGAUGGAUGGGCGAGUGCUUCCCGGACGGAUAAUAAUCUCCUGUUCGGGUCAGGAGUUAUUGACUUUGCCGGAUCCGGAGUCGUCCAUAUGGUUGGGGGUAUAGCCGGUCUAUGGGGUGCUUUAAUCGAGGGCCCGAGGAUCGGGCGGUUCGAUAGAACUGGCCGAUCCGUCGCACUCCGAGGACAUAGCGCGUCGCUGGUUGUCCUCGGGUCGUUCUUGUUAUGGUUCGGUUGGUACGGGUUUAACCCGGGAUCAUUCUUAACCAUAUUGAAGACAUACGGGUCGGGUGGGUCGUUUUACGGGCAAUGGAGUGCGGUUGGGAGAACGGCUGUAACGACUACGUUAGCGGGUUGUACGGCGGCGUUAACUACUUUAUUCGGUAAGAGGUUAAUGGUGGGUCAUUGGAACGUUACUGACGUUUGUAACGGUUUGUUAGGCGGUUUCGCGGCGAUUACUUCCGGUUGUUCGGUGGUUGAGCCGUGGUCGGCUAUAAUAUGCGGCUUCGUGUCGGCUUGGGUCUUGAUUGGUUGUAAUAAAUUGGCAGAGAAAUUUAAAUACGAUGAUCCUUUGGAGGCGGCACAGUUACACGGCGGUUGCGGCGCGUGGGGGGUGCUAUUUACGGGAUUAUUCGCGCGUAAGAGGUACGUGGAUGAGGUUUACGGCGGUGGGAUAACUGGGAGGCCGUACGGGCUAUUUAUGGGAGGCGGUGGAAAGCUUUUGGCGGCGCAGUUGAUUGAAAUAUUGGUGGUUAUUGGGUGGGUGUCGGCGACGAUGGGGCCGUUAUUUUACGGGUUACAUAAGUUGAAGCUUUUGAGGAUAUCAUCUAAGGCUGAGAUGGCUGGAAUGGAUCCAACGAUUCAUGGAGGUUUGGCUUAUUUGUAUCAUGAUGCAGAUGAUAGUAACUCACAUACACCUCAGGCAUUUGCUCUUAGGAGAGUGGAGCCCACUAAUACCAAUACACCAGAUCUCAACCCUACAUCUGCGGAGCCGUGAGUUUGAUUAUUAUUAUUAUUAUGAUGAUGAUUGUUAUAUAAUAAUAAUAAUAUAAAGGACGUCAACUUCUAGUGUGGAAUUUCGUGUUUUAUUUUAUUUUUUUGGUUU